AGCAGCAGCAGAGAGAGAGAGAGAGAGAGAGAGAGAGAGAGGGAACAAGAUACAGUUCGAUGGUGGUCGCUACAAUCUCUUCGCCGUCCCUCGCCGUCGCCGCCUUGCCGCCCCUGGCAACGUCUUCCUCCUCCGCUAGGAUCCCCGCAGCAACCGCUGUUGGUGUUCCUCACAUGGAAUCCCUAAAAAGCCUUGGAUUUUUCCGCGCGGGGAUCGGGCGUGUGCGUCGCUCCACGCGGCGCAGGGCCGGACUGACGGAAAUCGAGCCCAACCUUGAAGAAGAUCCGCACGAUAAGUGGAGAACCAACGGCGUCAGCGCCGAGGAUUUCAAAUACGGGGAGUACGAUGGACAUCACACGUAUUUUGAAGGCGAAGUGGAAAAAGGAGGUUUCUGGGAGGCUGUGGUGGCCGAGUAUGAAGCUGCAGAGCCACCUUGUGGCUUUCAAGGGCUUAUUUCUUGGUUGUUUCUCCCUGCUGUUGUAGCUGGUUUGGCUUACAAAGUACCAGACGAUUACCUGUACAUUGGAGCUGCAGUGUUCGUGGUGGUGUUCUGUGUAAUUGAGAUGAACAAGCCUGAUAAGCCCCACAAUUUUGAGCCGCAGAUCUACAAUAUGGACAGAGAAGCUCGCGACAAGUUGAUCGAAGAGUACAAUUCCAUGGACAUUUGGGACUUCAAUGAGAAGUACGGCGAGCUCUGGGACUUCACUGUCAAGCCGAGAGAUGACAUAGUGAAGCGUUGAUGGCAUAUUCACAAGUCGAAAGGCCAUUAAAUCAAAGUUGGAUGUAAAUCAUUGUAUUUAUUUUGAUUUUCUGCUAAUUCUCAAAUGAUAUUAAUCAUUACAGCAAAAGUGUAUUAGUUACGAACAUAGUCGUUGCUUUAUGUUUUUAUUACAGUAAAUUUUAUAUGCUUUUAUCUCA